AUGGUGAAUGACGAACUCCAAGCUCGGAUUGAAUCAAAAGUGAUCAAAGCCUCCGCAAACAUGUUCCUGCUAGCGGCCUUGCACAUGGAUAGGCUGGUGGAAUUGAGAACAAGGCAGGACAUGAUGGACUUUUUAGAAAGUAUUCUAGGGAGCGACCUCAGCGCUGCUUACAAAAAGACGAUGGAGAAGAUUGAAAAUCAGGACCAGAACAGCGUGAGCCUUGCAAAACGGACCUUGGCCUGGGCUAUUCACGCCGAAAGGCCAUUCUCGGUCGAGGAGCUUCGACAUGUGCUAGCAGUGAGGGCGGGCAGCAAACAGUUCAAUCCGGGGUAUAUGCCAUAUGCCAGAGAAAUCUUGUCGGUUUGCGCCGGCUUAGUAACAAUUGGUAACCGAAGGGGCAUCAUUCGUUUAGCUCAUUACACAACGCUCGAGUUUUUACGGCAGACAAAGCCAGAUUGGCUGCAAGAUAUGCAGGCUGAUCUUGCGGAAACCUGUCUAACCUAUUUGUUAUAUGACUGCUUCCAAGUCGGCUCCCGCAAGACAGAUCAAGCUUUCGAGGCCAAGUUCGAAUUCUAUAGAUAUGCCGCAGAAAACUGGGCUCAUCAUGCUGGAAUUGACAGGUCCUCGAACGCAUGUUUGGCGAGGAAAGAAAAGAUUCAACCCCUCCUCGAUGUAUUCCUGGCAACUGAUCCCUUGGCGCCCAGUUUUCGCUAUUGGCUGUUCCGACUUAAAAAAGGCAUUAUACAAAGCAUCGACAGAUCACCAUCAUCUUCUAAAUGGGCAAUCGAGAAACUGAUCUUCUCUCCACUUAGUUGGCUAAGCAAAGCGACCUGCAAAGCAUAUCAUUGGAGUGAGAGUGUUAUCUACCCUCCUGAGGAGAGCCCAUUCGCGUUUUUGGAGGCUUUCAUUACAGCAUCGCUUGAAAGGGCCAGCCUCUCCGACUCAACAUGGGAAGACCUACCCCUCGGCUGCAGGAAAAGCUGUACCCCUGAGGCUGUCAAGAAGUUGAAGGUUUCGAAGAAUAAGCUUUCCAGCCUACUUUUUCAAGCCAGUUAUUGUCACCCAAGCUUGAUGCGACAUCGAGCCAAUACCCAGGACUUUGCCAACCUUUUGCUGUUUUUCGAGUAUCAUGACGCGCCCCGAAGAUGUUCCGAAGAGGUUGCGAAUCUGAUAGUAAUUCUUCUGCUGAAAAGCAAAGCUCAGCGUCAGUCUGACACUGGAACUAAAGGGUGGACAGAAGAAGAAGGAGAAUUAUUCCGGCGCUUGCUGGUGAAACCGGUACAUAAAUGCCAAGAGUACCAGUAUAUCCCGGUGCAUUCUCUAGACCCGGACGGCGACCUGCUCUUUUAUGUCAUACAUCUUGGGUGCAGUGCUCUUGAUUUCCUGGUUCGCAGCGGUCUGGACGUAAAGGCAAUUUCUUGCCGGCAUCGAUUUCGGACACCAUUGAUAGCUGCAGUUGUUCAAGAUCUGGAGAGUAAGACACCAUGUGUAGAAUACCUCCUGAACCAUGGUGCGGAUGUCCAUCAGCUAGCGGUUGGGUGCGAAUACGGCUCUGCUCUAGUUGCAGCAGGUGCAAACGCAGCCCACUAUGGAAGUCAAUAUAGCGACACCGUUCGGCUGUAUAUUGAGAGUAUGGCAACGAUUGUCAAAUACCUCCUUGAAAAGGGUGCACAUGUCAAUCAUAUAGCAACUGGAAUGGCUGGUGCCAAGUACCUCACAGCCCUUGCCGCUGCUGUAGAUAGUGGCAUCCCACCGGCUUUCAGUAGCCGACGGAUGGACGAUUUCGGAGCGGCCGAAAUAACACUGCAACAAUUCGGGUUUGACGGCAAAGACCAUAACAGAGGAAUGCUACUCAGUCUUCGAGCUGAACUACGGGAGAGCGAUCGAGGAUGGAAUAGUGUCGUAGCCUAUUUGAAAGAGCUGAUUUUGGAGUUUGAGGAAGGAAGAAUACCAACCCCACGACAGACCCGGUCCGAUGACUUUGGCCCUAAUGUCGGCAUGACACCGUAUUCGAAUAGCGCAGACGAGGAGAUGGCAGUUGAUCAAGGUCUAUAG